AUGCAAGAACAGAACCCCGAGCAUUAUUCGUCCCUGGCGGCCCGAUACGAAAAGGCUUUCUCACAGAACCCCGCUCUAAGCAAGUUCCUCCAGACCAUCCUCACUCACCUCCCAGAAACGUCCGCAGUCCUGGACGUAGGCUGUGGCACAGGCAGACCCGUAGCUGUCACUCUUGCACAAGCGGGGCAUCAUGUCACUGGCGUCGAUUUCUCACCUGAGAUGAUUAACCUCAUUAGCAAAACCGUCCCGGAUGGUUCCUUCGAGCUUGCUGAUAUGCGACACUAUGAACCACCCGACGGAAUGCAGUUCCACGCCGUGUUGAAUAUAUUGUCUCUUUUCGUCUUGGACCGCGAGGAGAUUGAGGCGCUGGUGCAACGCCAGGUGUCAUGGCUCAGGCCCGGCGGAUUGCUCUGUGUUGCCACCAUCGCCGCAGAGGAUAUACCGAAGGAGAAGAUGAACGGCGGAUUCGGAGAGGAUGGGUUGUGUGCGCGGAAGAUUCCUUGGAGAUUCCUGGGCGAAGAUGUCACAAUCUCAGUUCUGUUCACACGAAAUGGAUGGAAGAAGACAUUGGCAGAUGCAGGAUUAGAGAUCGUGCAUACUCAGGGGGAGUUGUUCGUUCCCCCUAAAGAGUCAGAUACAGACGAAGAACCAGAGCUCUUCAUCAUCGCGAAGAAGUUGGGAUGA